CGACGACGACUGCGUCCCGUGGUCGCACCCUGCCUUUCCGCCUGUCGACAUGACGCCAUGAGUCUCGCUGCUGUCACUACUUGUACUUUGCUCUCCGACCCUUAUCCACAAUGAGGCCCCCAUUGCAGCGGCUCGUGCCGCUUCUCUUUGUUCUUCUUGCGAUAUUCCUCGCCGUCCACGCUCGGUCGCACCUCGACCACGAAGCUGACCAUGUCCACCAGAAGCCGCUGGGCUCGCCCGCACAGAGCAAAGAGGCCUGGAAGUCGGCAUGGGGCGACGACGAUGACGGCGUCAACACGCACCAGGCUGGCUUGGCCUUCGACGAGGCCAUGGCACUCCUUCGCAACAUCAAGCCGGCAACGGCGCCAUGGUGGAACUUUGACAAGAAGUCGGGCAUCCUGGGCGCAAGCGCAUACUACGCCAAAGAAGUCUUCUUCCUCCUGUUCAUGAACGGACCCCCCCAGCAGGAGCUCUUGACCACGAACCCGCAGCCCACGAAGCUGGGAGAGUCGCUGUCGCAGGCCGUCACGCUGCUGGAAGAGGCCGCCGCCCAGAAGCACCCCGACGCCCUGUUCCUGCUCGCCGAAAUGAACUUCUUCGGCAACUACACUCACCCCCGCAACUACUCGGAAGCCUUUCGAAGAUACCGCGAGCUCGCCACAUUGAACGGGAACGCCUCGGCACAACACAUGGUUGGCUUCAUGUAUGCGACUGGCAUUGGCGCCGCCGUCAAGCAGGACCAGUCCAAGGCGCUGCUGUACUACACGCUGGCCGCCGAAGGCGGAGACGUGCGGUCAGAAAUGGCCGUCGCAUACAGGCACUCGGCUGGCAUAUCGACCCCGCGCAACUGCGAGGAAGCCGUGUACUUUUACAAACAGGCGGCCAAGAAGGCCAUCGCAUACAUGCGGUCGGGUCCUCCCGGCGGGCACUCCAUGCCAAGAGAGUCGUACAACAUUGCUGACGAUGAAGGCGGUGUUUACGGCGAGGGCGCAAGUGCAAGUAGUUCCGGGUCCAAUGCCAAAGUGGCCAGCGUCCAAUCCGACGCCUUCUCUUCGCUCGACGACGUGUUCGAAUACAUGGACCUCCAAGCUCGCAAAGGCGACGCACGAGCUACUUUCAAUCUCGCCAAAUUGAACUACGACGGUGCACGAACUCUGAAGCGCGACCUUCCAGCGGCUAAGAAGCGAUUUUUGGAGCUUGCCCGCAUGUAUUGGACUCCCAGUGGAAAAGUAAACGCCAAUGUCUCACCCACCACCGAGAAGCUCGCCGCUAAAGCCGCCGGAUACCUUGGUCGCAUGUUCUUGCGUGGUGAAGGAAUGGCCCAGAGUUUCGACAUUGCAAAGACGUGGUUUAGGCGCGGCAUGGAGCUGGGAGACGCAUUGUCACAGUACUCCAUGGGCAUCAUGUAUCUGAAAGGACUUGGCGUGCCACAAGACCCAGUCAAGGCUGCAGAGCUCUUUGGUGCUGCAGCCGACCAGGACCUGGCCGUCGCCCAAGUCAGGCUCGGCGCCCUAUUUUUGGACCAAGGCGACGUCUUAAUCGCCAUCAAGUACUUUGAGCUCGCAGCCAGACACGGACAUCUGGAAGCAUUUUAUUACUUGGCUGAGAUGACACACAGCGGUGUCGGCCGUGACAAGUCCUGUCCCGUGGCAGCUGCGUAUUACAAGCUCGUCGCAGAGAAGGCUGAGGUUGUGACGACUUCUUUCCCGGAAGCCAAUGAAGCAUACGCCAAUGGCGAUCUAGAAACAGCCCUUGUCAACUACAUGCUGGCAGCUGAACAAGGUUUCGAGGUCGGACAAGCCAACGUGGCCUACUUGCUCGACCAAGCCAAGCCGCGAUUUACAUUAAACUCAUUCCUCCCCUUUGUGAAACAGAAAGCUACGCUAGCAAGCGAUGCCUUUUUGGCCUUGGUUUACUGGACUCGCUCUGCCGAGCAGAAAAAUGUCGAUUCCAUGGUCAAAAUGGGAGACUACUAUAUGCUAGGUUUGGGAACGGCACCCGAUCAAGAGAAAGCAGCAGCGUGUUACCAAGCAGCGGCAGAGACCAUGAAAAGCGCGCAGGCAAUGUGGAACCUUGGCUGGAUGCACGAGAAUGGCAUUGGCAUUGACCAGGACUUCCAUUUGGCAAAGAGGCACUACGACAUGGCAUUGGAAACAAAUCCACGUGAGGCUUAUCUGCCUGUGCUAUUAGCUCUGUACAAAUUGAGAAUCCGGAGUUGGUGGAAUACCUUCACAAACGGUAACAUCAAGUCUAUCCAGGAUGAACCAGUUGUUAAGAAAGAUUGGACUCUUUCUGAGUGGCUAAAUGCUUUCCUCGAAGCCGAACUUGCUGGAUGGGACGGAUAUGAGCCCGACGACUAUGACGACGCGGGUGACGAUUUCUAUGGAGAUGGUUAUCACGGCGAUGACAUUGAUUCGGAUAUCCUUGAAUCACUCAUCAUCCUGGCUUUGAGUGGAGCUUUGGCCUUCCUCGUAUACUACCGCACACAAAGACAGCGGAGACAGGAAGAAGAGCGAAGACGUCAACAAGAACAGCAGCAACAGCUCAACCAAGGCAUACCAGUACCACAGCAGCAACCACAGGGAGAACAACAGCAGGAUAGAGGACUCUUUCCAAACCCGAACGACCCUGAAUUCAUGAAUUGGGUUGCCGGUGGAAUAGGACAUUGAAUUAUCGAGUAAGAUGUAAAGUUAUAGCAUGGAUGGCGUUUGAUUAUGAUGGAGCCGAAUGAUGCAGUUCCUAGCCAGGAUUAGGAUGGCAACGGUUUUGAUUGUGUCUUCCCCACAACUAGGGUGAAUGGUCAACAUGUAGUACUAUGCACCUCAAGGCAUGUAAAUAUGCCAAUCGCUACCAAGCGGCAAAACAAAUG